AUGCCUCCCCGACGUCGUGCGGCUGCUAAUGCCCAGUCUGCCCUCUCCUUCGGUUCCUCCCGGGUCACCAAGCCGACAGCCACCCCGACCACUCUGCACAAAGCAAAGAACCUCGAUUCGACAGCUACCCGGAAAACAAACCAAUCCGCAUCUGCCACUCCGGAGCCAUCGAAGCCCCAGCUCGCCGACUUGGUAGUGCGUCAGCCUGAGCCCAAGAAGAUUGAAACGGCAGAAGAGAAACAAGCUUUGCAGCUGUCCUUGAAGGACUUGCGAGAAUACUGGGGAGAGAAAGAUAGUAAAAAGCCAGUCCGAGUCCAUGAACAAGGCCUGAGCAUGGAGGAGAAGAUUCUUCGGAAUUUCGAUCUGUCCAGCCAAUAUGGGCCAUGCAUCGGUUUGGAUCGGACCAAGCGGUGGCACCGUGCGCAGAGAUUAGGCUUGAACCCGCCGAUCGAGGUUUUGACGGUUCUCCUGAAAAGUGAAAAUAUGAGCGAGCAGUCCCAUAUGGAGGAGUUGGUCUCUUAG